GAGACAGGGAGACAGAGGACUAGGUAAAAGCGCGUCCGAGUUCAUGGGAUGUGGGAGCCUUAACCACCACUCAAAAGAACCGCGAAAACUGACACAUACGCCGGCGUUGCCAACAGUGCUCCCGCCGGUAACAUCUGCCCUGGGCCCACCAUACUCAAUUUAAAAAAUAAAAAAUAAAAAAUAAAAGAUUAAGAAAUUGGGUACAAAAAAAGAAAAAAGGAAAAAAAAAAAAAAAAAAAAAAUAGAGCACGGUGUGUUGGGGGUGACCCGGGUGGGGACUCCGGUUGUGGGGGUCAGAGGGAACAAAAUUGAGAGGGCGACACAGAGAAAGCUCUCAGCCCUCUUCCGGAGAAGAUGGUCAAACAGAGUUGUCUCCUCUGAGAUCAUCCUGAAAAGGGCAGUCAAGAGAGAAAUAUCAAAUUUUAAUAUUAAUUAUAUUAUUUUUCACAAUUUUUUUUUCCUUCUCUUUUCUGCCUUUUGAGUCUCAACAAUCUCUCCUACCUAUGAUUAUCAUCAUCAUCAUUUGCACACUCAAAAGUUAACAACAUCAGCAAAUAUAUUAUACCAUUGACUGCCCUUUUGCCCUUUCUUUCUGAUAAUUUGUGAGCUGGGUUAUGCAGAAAAAGGAGUUGUUGUAACCUAAAACAAAAAAAACUGCAAGAUGAGGGACCCCAAUUCAGUCAUUCGUAUCAAAAGGGCUGGUGAUUUUACUUUUAUUUGUAAUAUAGUUUAUGCCCAAUACUGAAUUUAAUUACAUACAUCUGUAUAUUUAUUUGUGUGCGCAAAUAGAACAAGUUGUUGUUGUUGUUGCUUCAUGAUUUGUUAGGAGUCUGAGUAAAUCUAGGAGUUUUUUUUUUUGGUAAAGUGAAGAAGAAAAAAAAUCAAAAUCUGGCUAUUCUGUAUAGAGUCCUGACAGUCAGGGGCCUCCACCACUGCGACAAAUGGUUUAUCGAGCAAUGAGGGGUGGAUGGAACUCUGUUGGAAUCCAGUUAUCAUAUGUUGCACUAUUGAUUCUUUUUCUGGAAAUUCGAGGGUGUUGGUCUCUUAAUUCAGAAGGAUUGGCAUUGUUAAAAUUCCGGUCUGGGGUGGAUUAUGAUCCAUAUGGUGCUUUUAUGAAUUGGAAUUCUAAUGAUGACGACCCAUGCAUGUGGCCGGGUGUUUAUUGUGUUGAUGGUAAAGUGCAAAUGCUGGAUCUCAAAGGGCUUUCUUUGGGAGGAGUAGUAGCUCCAGAUCUUUGGAAGCUUACUCACUUAAGAUCUCUUGUACUUUACAAGAACCGGUUUUCUGGUGUCAUUCCUAAAGGAAUUGGAGGGCUUAGAAAGUUGGAGGUACUGGACCUGAGAGAUAAUAACAUGAGUGGAACUAUUCCAGCAGAAAUUGGGGGUUUGCAGUCACUUAAACGCUUGUUGCUUUGUAAAAAUAAAUUUGAAGGGAGCAUUCCUCUGGAGCUUGGGAGGCUGAAUUUGCUCUCUGAAAUGCAAUUUGAUAAAAACCUUGCGUCUGCUAUGGCUGCUGGGACUGGCUGUGUAAAUAGGAAAUUUGGACACUGUCUGAAGAAAGCAUAUUCCUAUGUAAUCCCAAUCAAAAGGACACGUAUACGUUACCUCAAUGUGGUUCCAUUGUUCAAGUUCAGAAAGGCCUCCUUCCGCCACAUUACUAUUCGCAGUGACUAUCUAAAAACAGAUUCAUCUGAGUUGCGUAUGCUCCAGAAUGUACACAACCUGUUUAAUAUUGUAAGGCGUAGACUACUUCAACAGUCCAGUAACAUUGCCGCUGCCCCUGCAACUGCAAGUGGUGGCCCCCCUACCGAGCAGAUCAUUGCUCUUCCAUCUACCCGAAGUAGUGGAGCUUUCCCAGCUGUACCAAAUGGAAAGAAGGGACUUCCAUCUGCACCUUCUCCUCCACUUACAUCUAAUCCUGAUGGCGAUUCUUCUGGUUCUGAAAAACAGCCUUCAGCUGGUGGAACUUCUAAAACAUGGAAGUAUGUAGCUGUGGUUUUCGGGGUGAUUAUCUUGCUCGUUGUUGCUGCAGCCAUUUUUAUCGUGUGUCGAAGUCAAGCAGCAGCCAUACGUCCUUGGAGGACGGGACUGAGUGGACAGUUGCAAAAAGCAUUUGUUACAGGGGUUCCUAAGCUGAACUGGGCAGAGCUAGAAACAGCCUGCGAGGAUUUCAGCAACAUUAUCAGUACUCGUCAGGAUUACACUAUAUACAAGGGAACACUAUCAACUGGAGUUGAGAUUAGUGUUGCAUCAACUUCAGUUACUUCCAUCAAAGACUGGGCAAAACGUUCACAAGUGGCCUACAGGAAGAAGAUUGAUACACUGGCACGUGUGAACCAUAAGAACUUUAUUAAUCUUAUUGGCUACUGUGAGGAGGAUGAACCCUUUGUUAGGAUGAUGGUGUUUGAGUAUGCUCCAAAUGGAACCCUUUCCGAGCAUCUCCAUGUGAAAGAAGUUGAACAUCUUGACUGGAACACACGGAUGAGAAUUAUUAUGGGAAUUGCUUACUGUCUUCAGUACAUGCAUGCCCUGAAUCCUCCUGUGGCACAUACGAACCUGACUUCAAAUGCCAUAUACUUGACAGACGAUUAUGCUGCUAAAAUUGUGGAGAUCUUUUUCUCAAAAAACACUGCAGCCAAGUCAAGGAUUUCAGGGGAAAAUGAAUCGGGGCAUUCUGAACUUCCACGACCUGCUGAUCUAGAAUCAAAUGUUUAUAACUUUGGAUUAUUGUUGCUUGAAAUCAUUUCUGGGAAGCCCCCUUACUCGGAAGAACAAGGGCCUCUUGUGGACUGGGCUGCUGAAUACCUGAAUGACACAAGGAGCAUCGGCUACAUGAUUGAUCCUACCCUGAAGUCAUUCAAAGAUGACGAACUUGACGUAAUCUGUGAGGUGAUCCAAGACUGUAUUCAACCGGACGAAGGAAAGAGACCAACCAUGAAGGAAAUUAUUUCCAAACUGAGGGAAGUAAUUGCUAUAUCUCCUGAUGCAGCGACUCCGAGGCUUUCUCCCCUCUGGUGGGCUGAACUCGAGAUCCUAUCCGCAGAGGCAACUUAAAGUUUACUCUCUGUUUCCCAUGUUGUAAGUCUCUCUAUUGGUUUGUAUUAAUAUGAAAAAUAAUGCCUUUUUGUCCUUCCACUAAAUUAAAUACCAUCACUACGUAGUAUUUAACCAUGUUCUUGUCUCUGUUUCUCUCCAUCAUGUUGUUGUGAUGGUUCAUUCUAUUUAAUUAAUUUCCUAUUCUUUGUUCACUCUAUUCCACAAUAAAAUUGUUUCAUUUACUGUGCGGCUUGCCUGCAAUUUAUACCUGAUAUAA